UAAAUUAAAUGAUAACAUCUUGUUUUGGGCAGAGUAGGACAGAAGAAGUCUUUGUGCAGGUAGACAAGGGAGCAGAAAAAAACCUUUGAAAAGAAAAAAAUUGGCCAAGAAUCUAGAUUAAGAGAAAAGAGAGAAGUCGGUUCAUAAGUAGCUUUCAUUCUUUAUGUUCUAGAACUUGAGAGGCCUUUAGGUACUUUUACAUCCAUUGCCUGGUUCAACUUUCCAAGUAGGUGAAGUUAGUCAUAACCCUGGCUAGAGCCUGUUUGAUAUUAAGGCUGAUUCUUUUUCGGUCCUGUCACUGUUUUAAACUAGUUUCAGAUUCAGGAGAAUGAAAGGAUUAGAGCAGGAAAGAAGAUUGCUGGGAACAGGCUCAAGGGGAGAAUCUGGAUUAGAGGCACAAAGACUGUUACUUUCAUGACGCGUGUAACACCAGAGAAAUUUGCAGAUUUUUCCUGUGUCUUAAUGUAGUAGUCAAAUAAUGCUGGCUUACUCUGUAAUCCUUGUAGGAAAAGGGAUUUGAAUUCAAACGAGCUAUUCUAGAAACACUGAUGGCCAAUCUGCUGGGAUUAAUGCAAGUAAUAUACUGUAAAGGCACAGAAGCUGAAAAGAAAGCGAUUUCUCUUCUUUCUAAGUUACGAAACGAAUUGCAAACAGAUAAACCAAUUAUCCCCUUUGUUGAGAAGUUUGUUGAUACUGACAUAUGGAAUCAGUACCUAGAAUAUCAACAGAGUCUUGCAGAUGAGAAUGACGGGAAACCCAGAUGGUUUUUCUCCCCUUGGUUGUUUGUGGAGUGCUACAUGUAUCGUAGAAUUCACGAAGCCAUUAUCCAGAGUCCACCAAUCGAUGACUUUGAUGUAUUUCAAGAAUCCAAGGAGCAAAAUUUCUUUGAGUCGGAGGAAUCUAUCAUUGCUCUGUGUACUCACCUGCAGGAGUUGGUGACAACUGUCGAAGACCUAGAUGAAAACCAGCUGAAAGAUGCAUUUUUCAAACUCCUUCAGGUUUCCCUGUGGGGAAACAAGUGUGAUCUGUCUCUGUCGGGCGGGGAGACCAGUUCUCAGAGAACCAAUAUAAUAAAUUCUGUGGAGGAACUAAAACCUUUCAUUUUAGUGAACGACAUGGACCACCUUUGGUCCCUGCUGAACAACUGCAGAAAAGCAAGAGAAAACACGUCCGUUACUAGAGUAGAUAUCGUCCUGGAUAAUUCUGGCUUUGAACUCGUUACGGACUUAGUAUUAGCUGACUUUUUAUUGUCCUCUCAACUGGCUACUGAGAUCCAUUUUUAUGGAAAAACAAUUCCGUGGUUCGUUUCUGAUACGACUCUCCACGAUUUUAAUUGGCUAAUUGAACAGAUGAAAGAUUCGCAUCACAAGUGGAUGGCCAAGUGCGGGGCCGACUGGGAAACCCAUAUUAAAAUGGGCAGAUGGGUGUACCACGAUCACAUAUUUUGGACGCUUCCUCACGAGUUCUGUGUCAUGUCUCAGGUGGCCCCCGACCUCUAUGCCGAACUACAAAAGGCACACUUAAUUUUGUUCAAGGGGGAUUUGAACUACAGGAAGCUGACGGGCGAUAGGAAGUGGGAAUUCACCGUUCCGUUCCGUCAGGCCCUGGCCGGCUUCCAUCCGGCCCCCCUCUGCAGUGUGAGGACCCUGAAGGCUGAGGUCCAGGUGGGGCUGCGGCCCGGGCAGGCCGAGCAGUUGGCAGCUGCCGAGCCCGACUGGCUGACCACUGGGAAGUUCGGGGUGUUGCAGUUUGAUGGUCCGCUCUGACCUGCCUUAGAAACUCUUAAGUUGUAGGGAUAAACCUGACCAACGCUUUGCACCCCCAGAAAGGCAGGGUGCGGCUUUGGUCUCCGGGCCGAUCUGCGUGGGCUGGGGGGAGCACUCGGGAGCCUCCCCCUCCCCUUGUGUUGUUUGGGAGAUAGAUGGAGUAAGCGAGUUCCAGAGAGUCACGUUUACGGUGGCAUUUUAGUGACUCAAGUUCAAUGCAGAAUUUCGAGUGGUAUUCAUGACCUUAUUUUUCAUCGCACAGAAAGUAAAACAUAAAUGAAUUCUGCUUUUAGAGUUUGUUAACAUUCUUUUGAUGCUAUGCUGCAUGGUAUUUUGGGUAAUAUUCUAAGAGAGCACGUCGUUUCAUUUUACUUGUUUUGGGGGCUCAAAAAUAAGAGCUCUGGGAAAACAUUUAAAUAUGCUUUGAAAAGAGAAGCAUUUCUUACAGCUGUGAUAUUUGAACAAUGGAAGUAAAGAUUACCUCAUAAGUUAACUUUCAAUUUUAUUCUCCUUGAAUUAUAUUUCCUUUUAAAUACCCUGUUUUAUUUGCAUGCAUUAGUAUUUCGAUUGACCUGUGGAACGGACAGCAGGAAACCCAAAAUUAAACUGGUAUUUGAAGAACUGUGAUACCUUUUACAUUCUAUUUGCAAUGUCCAUGAUCAGCUGAACUGUAUUAUUUUAACACAUAAGUGCUUUAAAUGAACAGAUUUUUCGAUUGUUCGGCAGUUUUUUAAAAAGUGCUUUAGAUAACAAAGAUUCUUGUGCAUUGAAUUUGGAGUACUCCCAACAAGUUAAUUUUUUACAUGCUUACAAUGUGUUUGGUGACCACUUGAUCUUAGAAGACUAUAAGUUUCAGGUCAGUUUGUUUUGAAACUGAAAUCAGAAGUAAACCUGGAAAUGUUUUCUUGAACUGGUAUAAUAAAAUGAAUUGUACUGAAA